ACUCUUUCAUCUCUCGCCGUGUUUCCAACAACCACAAUAGUAAUAAGUAAUAACGUGUUAUUUCAGUCAAAUAAAUACGUUCCAUGUUCAACCUUUUUCAUCACUGCCCUUGGCCACUCUCACACUAUGACUAUGACAUUGACAAUCUCUUCCUACCUCUUUCUCUUCUCUCUUCUCCUUCUCUCCCUCCACAACCUCUUCUCUUCCGCAGCCACUUCCAGGCUCACCGCCGGCCAAAUCAUAAGGGACAAGGACCGCCAGACAUUGGUCUCCGACGGUCUCAACUUCGCCAUGGGUUUUUUCAGUCUCGACAACUCCUCUUCCCGCUACGUCGGAAUCUGGUACUACAACAUCCCCGGGCCAGCCCUCAUAUGGGUCGCUAACCGCAACAACCCCAUCAACGGCACCGGAGGAUCCAUCACCAUCGCAAACGACGGCAACCUCCUACUCCUCGACGGAGCCAUGAAACCUGUCUGGUCCACCAACGUCUCCACCCACAGAAACUCCUCAGCACUGCUUCGUGACGACGGCAACCUCGUUCUCUCCAGUGAGAAAAAAGAGGUGUGGCAAAGCUUCGAGAAUCCGACGGACACCUACGUGCCUGGUAUGAAAGUUCCCGUGGGGGUUUCAAGUGUUAACCAUGUCUUCACGUCGUGGAAAUCAGCCACGGAUCCUUCUGAGGGUAACUACACCAUGGGGGUGGAUCCUGAAGGGUUGGCUCAGAUAGUGGUUUGGGAGGGGGAGAAAAGAAGGUGGAGAAGUGGGUAUUGGGAUGGUAGACUAUUCCAAGGAGUGUCUAUGACGGGAACGUAUCUCUAUGGUUUUACUCUUAACGGGGAUGGGAAAGGUGGUAGGUACUUUAUAUAUAACCCCUUAAACGGCACUGACAAGGUGCGUUUUCAGGUGGGGUGGGACGGUUUUGAAAGAGAGUUCAGGUGGAACGAGGAUGAGAAACGUUGGACUGAGAUUCAAAAAGGGCCUUUUCAUGAGUGUGAGGUUUACAACAAGUGUGGGGCUUUUGCGGCGUGUGACGUGCCAACUUCUGGUGACCCUGUUUGUACUUGCAUACGAGGUUUUCAGCCCAAGCAUUGGGAUGAGUGGGUGAAGGGGAAUUGGUCGGGUGGGUGUACGAGGAUGACUCCACUCAAGGCUCAGAGGAAUGUCGCUUCUCGGGUUAGUGUUGGAGAGGAUGGGUUCUUGCAUCGUAGAUCUAUGAAGUUGCCUGAUUUCGCACGUGUGCUUGGCACGGAUGAUUGUGAGAGAGAGUGUUUCAACAAUGCUUCUUGUACUGCGUAUGCAGAUGUUCUUGGAAUAGGGUGCAUGGUAUGGUAUGGGGAGUUGGUUGAUAUUCAACAUUUUGAAAGUGGAGGGAAUACAUUGCACAUUCGCCUCGCUCAUUCUGAUUUAGAUGAUGGAGGAAAAAAGAACAGGGUUGCGAUAAUAUCAGGUGUUGUGGCGGGGUUAAUCUGCCUUGGAAUCUUUGUAUGGCUGGUGUGGAGAUUCAAGGGAAAACUUAAAGUUCUGCCUACAGUUUCCUCAGCCUCGUGUUGCAAGAGUAGUGAUGUACUACCAGUUUUUGAUGCAAGCAAGAGCAGAGACAUGUCAGCAGAAUUUUCAGUAUCGGCUGACCUUAGUUUGGAGGGGAGCCAAGUAAGCAGGCCAGAUUUUCCACUUUUCAAUUUCAGUUGCAUUUCAAUAGCCACAAACAAUUUCUCAGAAGAAAAUAAGCUUGGACAAGGGGGCUUUGGUCCUGUCUACAAGGGAAAGCUUCCAGGUGGAGAACAAAUAGCUGUUAAGAGGCUUUCAAGACGGUCUGGCCAAGGUUUAGAGGAGUUCAAGAAUGAAAUGAUGCUGAUAGCCAAACUACAACACCGAAAUCUUGUUAGACUCAUGGGUUGUUCUAUUCAAGGGGAAGAGAAGUUGCUGGUAUAUGAGUACAUGCCAAACAAAAGCUUGGAUUGCUUUUUAUUUGACCCAGUCAAACAAAAACAACUAGAUUGGACAAGACGCUUUGAGAUCAUUGAAGGCAUCGCAAGAGGAUUACUUUAUUUGCACCGGGAUUCAAGACUUAGAAUAAUUCAUCGAGAUUUAAAAACAAGUAAUAUUUUGUUAGAUGAAAAUAUGAAUCCAAAAAUUUCAGACUUUGGCUUGGCGAAAAUAUUUGGUGGGAAUCAAAAUGAAGGGAAUACAAACAGAGUAGUUGGUACAUAUGGUUAUAUGGCGCCUGAAUAUGCAAUGGAAGGUCUGUUCUCAGUCAAAUCUGAUGUAUAUAGUUUUGGUGUAUUACUACUAGAAAUUUUGAGUGGCCGCAGAAACACUAGCUUUCGUCAUUCAGAUGACUCAAGUCUCAUAGGAUAUGCGUGGCAUCUUUGGAAUGAACACAGAGAAAUAGAGCUUGUUGAUCCUUGCAUUCGUGAUUCGAGUCCUAAAAACAAAGCUAUGAGAUGCAUACAAAUAGGGAUGUUAUGUGUGCAAGAUUCAGCAGCUCAUAGACCAAACAUGUCUGCUGUGGUGUUGAUGCUGGAAAGUGAAGCUACGACUCUUCCCAUGCCUACGCAACCUCUGAUUACUUCCAUGAGGAGAUCUGAUGACAGAGAAUUUUACAUGGAUGGCCUUGAUGUUUCAAAUGAUUUGACAGUCACAAUGGUGGUAGGGAGAUAGAAAUGGAGUCAUUCCAUUUCUGUGUCUCUUUUUGUUUGCACUUCUCUAUCACACCCUUUAAACGUACAUAGGGCUCAUUGUUUUUGCGUUUUUCCCUUUUGGCCCAACUGAAAUUAAACUAUACUAUACACUUAAAAUUGAAUACGUUGUAUAUAUCAAUUUGUAUUUUUGAGGAUCCAGAAAUGUGACUUAUUAUUACCUGGCAAAUAGAAAGGAAA